CGCGCACUUUGCGAAUGAAACGUGAAAUAGUUACUUGGGGUCGAGAAGGGCGACAGUAUUGGUGAAAUCUGCAGUUUUAAUUAAGGUAAUCUGUUCUUUACCAAGAUGGUUGAUGAACCUCACAGUUUUCCCUUUCCUUACCAGCCCUAUUCUAUCCAAGAGCAGUUCAUGGAAGCAUUGUAUAAUGUUUUGGAUCAAGGAAAGGUUGGGAUUUUUGAAAGUCCAACUGGAACAGGCAAAUCUCUUAGCUUGAUCUGUGGUGCACUUUCUUGGCUUAAAGACCACAGGAAGAAGAAAGAGGAGGAGGCAGCUCAACUUUUGAACUCCAGUCAGAUUGUGUCAAACCAACAGCUCUCCACCAGCCUGGGUCACAGUGAGAUAACAAAUAGCACCAAGCCUGACUGGAUUACAGAGUUUGUGCAAAAGAAGGCAGAGCGUGAUCUAAUAACAAAGUUAAAAGAGGAAGAGUUAAAGAGGAGAAAGAGAGAGGAACAGUUGGAGCAAAUUCGACAUAAUUCUCAGCUCAGAUAUUCACUCAAGCGUAAGAAAGAUAAUGUACAUGAGGAAGCACUGAGAUUACUACAGCUUAGCAAGGAAUCUCAGGAGUCCCGUGCUGUGGACUGCUUGGAGGAUGGAGAAGAGGAGCUGAUUGUAGCAGAAUAUGAGAGUGAUGAUGAUACAAAGCCCAAAAAUCACAUCAGAUAUGUUGAUGAAGAUGAUGGUGACCUUGAGGAAGAACAUGUAACUAAGGUCUAUUAUUGUAGUCGGACACAUUCGCAACUUGCCCAGUUUGUACAUGAAGUACAGAAAAGUCCUUUUGGCAAAGAGAUCAGGCUCAUUUCACUGGCAUCCCGUCAGAACUUGUGCAUAAAUGAUGAGGUGCGACGCUUAGCCUCAAUUCACUUGAUAAAUGAUCGGUGCAUGGAAAUACAGAAGAAUAAACAUGCAGAGAAGGAUAAAGGGGAGGAGCCAAAGAGGAAGAAAGGAGUGACUAAAACUGUUUGCCCAUUCUCUAACCAUGAUGCAGUUCAGGGCCUGAGAGAUGAGUCUUUGGUAAAGGUUCGAGAUGUUGAACAGCUGGUGACUCUAGGCAAGGAAAUUAAAGCAUGCCCUUACUAUGGAGGUCGUUCAGCCAUUCCAGCUGCACAGCUGGUGGUGCUACCUUACCAGACGUUAUUGCAUGAGUCAACGCGUCGCUCCUCUGGGAUCAAACUAAAAGACCAGGUUGUGAUCAUUGAUGAAGCUCACAACCUGAUUGACACCAUUGCCUGCAUCCACAGUUCUGAAGUUUCCGGUGCACAGCUAUGUUGUGCUCAUUCUCAGUUGACCCAGUACAUGGAGAGAUACAGAAAUAGGCUAAAAGCCAAAAACCUGAUGUACAUCAAACAGAUCCUAUUUGUCUUGGAGAAUCUGGUACGGGUCCUAGGAGGUAAAGUUGGUCAGAACCCAAAGUCACAAACUAUAACUCAUCCAGGUCCUGAGCUCCACACUAUUAAUAACUUUCUAUUCAAAGCACAAAUUGAUAAUAUUAACCUCUUCAAGGUGCAAAAAUACUGUGAAAAAAGUCAAAUCAGCAGAAAGUUGUUUGGCUUUAUGGAGAAAUAUCACGGAAACCUACUUGAUACAGCUACUAAAGAAAAUCAUAAGUCAGCAGGAUUGGAAAAAUACCUACAGUCUCUCCAGCAAAAAGAUAAUCAUGAUGCUCAUACCCCUGAUAAGAUGAAGCCUGCAGAUGAACUGCAACCAGCAAUGGCCUCUCCCAUGUUUCAGCUAGAAAGUUUUCUCUUUGCUCUAACCAAUGCCGAUAAGGAUGGACGAGUUGUGGUGCAUAGACAAGGUACUGUAGCUCAGAGCUUCUUGAAAUUUCUGCUCCUGAACCCGGCUGUUUAUUUCUCAGACGUACUGAAAGAAUGCAGAGCAGUUAUAAUUGCUGGUGGAACUAUGCAGCCUAUAGCUGAUUUCAAAGAGCAAUUGCUGUUUUCAGCAGGUUUGAGUCCUGACCGCAUUGCUGAAUUCUCUUGUGGUCACGUGAUUCCACCAGAUAAUAUUCUUCCCAUAAUUUUGAGCAGUGGUCCCUCAGGACAGAAACUGGAAUUCACCUUUCAUAACCGCGAAACUCCUCAAAUGAUGGACGAAACAGGACGGAUUCUUUCUAACUUGUGCAAUGUGGUCCCAGGGGGUUUGGUGUGCUUUUUUCCAUCUUAUGAAUAUGAAAAGUGUGUUUAUACCCACUGGGAGAAGAAUGGAAUACAUGAUCGUCUAGCAGCCAAGAAAAAGAUUUUCCAGGAGCCAAAGAAAGCCAACAAAGUGGAGCAAGUGCUGGCAGAAUACUCCAAGUGCAUACAGCGAUGCAGAGAUGGUAAAGAUGCUUUGACUGGAGCCCUGCUGUUAUCAGUGGUUGGAGGCAAGAUGAGUGAAGGAAUUAAUUUUUCAGAUGACCUUGGCAGAUGUGUGGUUAUGGUGGGAAUGCCCUACCCGAACAUCAAGUCUCCUGAGCUACAGGAAAAAAUGUCCUAUUUAGAUAAGAAUAUGCCAAGAGUGGAUGGUCAAAGCCCAGGGAAAGUUCUCAUUGAAAAUCUUUGCAUGAAGGCUGUAAAUCAGUCAAUUGGCCGUGCAAUUCGACAUCGUGAUGACUAUGCCAGCAUUAUUCUGCUUGACCAUCGCUAUGCCCGGCCCAACACACUUGCCAAAUUGCCCCAGUGGAUACGAGCCAGCACCCAAGUACAGUCGGCAUUUGGACCCGCCUUUGCUUCUCUCAGAAAGUUCUUUCUUGAAAAAAAGGAACGGAAUUCAGUAUAGUAUUACAAAGCAAGAAACAGAACUUGUCACAAGAGGAGAACACAAAAUCCAUUCAAGAAGACUCCUCUUCAGUCCCACCAGCUAAGUUAUUUUGAGGGUUUUGUGAAGAUAAUAUCUUAUGUACAAAUAUUGAAAAAAGUUUUAUAUUUGUUCUUAAAUAUGUAUGUUUAUUUACUAAUGUUUAGGCUACUGUUUGUUUUAAUUAUGUUUCAAAGGUGGUAUAUUAGGUUUGCAGAAAAUAAAUGUAAAUGUUU